AUGUCUAAACUGCUUGAGCGAGCUGCAUAUGAUGCUGUCGAUAGAGGCUUGAUUCCGGAUUUUCUGUUACGGAUCGCCAUCCAAACCUUACUUCGACACCGUUUGCGCAUGAUAGACCAUGGGUCAUUCUCAGCCAACCAAGCAGCGAAACAAGCUUUUGUUGAAGACCUUUGUAAAAGACCUGCCAUCGCAGAGCAGACGGACCGAGCAAAUGCACAACACUACGAAGUCUCCACGAAGUUUAUUCUGUCGUGCCUCGGACCUCGAGCAAAAUAUUCUUCUUGUCUUUAUCCUACCGGGAAAGAAUCUCUGGCGGAAGCAGAAGAGUUGAUACUAGCAAGCUAUAGUGAUAAGGCUCGAUUGAAAGAUGGACAAGAUGUUCUGGAUCUUGGAUGUGGAUGGGGAAGCUUGACUCUAUAUCUCGCAGAGAGAUACCCCAGCUCACGAAUUGUUGGCUUAUCUAAUUCCAACACACAAAGAGAGCAUAUCCUCGGGAUCGCAAAAGAGAAAGGGCUUGAAAACGUAGAGAUCAUUACAGCAGAUGUCAACACAUUCGACUUUACGGAUGGCAGAACUUUUGACCGUAUUCUUUCUAUCGAGAUGUUCGAACACAUGAAAAAUUACAAGGAAUUACUGCAAAAAAUAUCCAGAUGGAUGCGUCCGAAGGCUCCUUCGAAACUUGAUUCAGACAUCAAAGAUAACAAUACUAACGGCGCCGAGGAUGACGAAUCACUUCUUUUCGUGCAUUAUUUCUGCCAUAAAACCAAUCCUUAUCAUUUCGAAGAGGAUGACGGCUGGAUGGCACAGACGUUCUUUUCGGGUGGCACGAUGAUGUCUAGCGAUCUUCUCUUGUAUUUCCAAUCAGAUGUGACACUAGUUCGUAACUGGUUCCUCAACGGCAAACACUAUUCAAGAAGCCUUGAGGCUUGGUUACGCCUUCAAGAUGCGAACGCGAAGUCAGGAAUUGCGGAAUUGGAACAGGAUGCCAAGGCGAAGGGUCUAGACCCAGCUGAGGGAAGGAAGGCGUUCCACAGAUUUAGACUGUUCUACAUGGCAUGCUCGGAGCUAUUUGGAUUUAAUGACGGCGAAGAGUGGGGUGUCGCGCAUUAUCUUUUUAAACGCAAAAGUUGA